GAACAUGCUUGCCAAUUCAGCCAGCGUGCGAAUUCUCAUCAAAGGAGGGAAAGUGGUGAACGAUGACUGCACCCAUGAGGCUGAUGUCUACAUCGAGAAUGGCAUCAUCCAGCAGGUGGGCCGUGAGCUCAUGAUCCCCGGCGGGGCCAAGGUGAUCGAUGCCACUGGGAAACUGGUGAUCCCUGGCGGAAUCGAUACCAGCACCCACUUCCACCAGACCUUCAUGAACGCCACAUGUGUAGACGACUUCUACCAUGGGACCAAGGCUGCACUUGUUGGAGGUACCACCAUGAUCAUCGGCCACGUCCUGCCUGACAAGGAAAUGUCCCUCGUGGAGGCGUAUGAGAAGUGCCGGGGUCUGGCUGACCCCAAGGUCUGCUGUGACUAUGCCCUUCACAUGGGAAUCACCUGGUGGGCACCCAAGGUGAAAGCAGAGAUGGAGACACUGGUGAGGGAGAAGGGGGUCAACUCAUUCCAGAUGUUCAUGACUUACAAAGACUUGUACAUGCUUCGAGACAACGAGUUGUACCAAGUGUUGUAUGCUUGCAAGGACAUUGGAGCAAUCGCCCGGGUCCAUGCUGAAAACGGGGAGCUUGUGGCUGAGGGUGCUAAAGAGGCCCUAGAUUUGGGUAUCACAGGCCCAGAAGGCAUCGAGAUCAGCCGUCCAGAGGAGCUGGAAGCUGAAGCCACUCAUCGUGUCAUCACCAUUGCAAACAGGACUCACUGCCCCAUCUACCUGGUCAACGUGUCCAGUAUCUCAGCUGGUGAUGUUAUUGCAGCUGCUAAGAUGCAAGGGAAGGUGGUGUUGGCUGAGACCACCACGGCACAUGCCACACUGACAGGCUUACACUACUACCACCAGGACUGGUCCCACGCGGCAGCCUAUGUGACGGUGCCUCCCCUGAGACUCGACACCAACACCUCCACCUACCUCAUGAGCCUGCUGGCCAAUGACACUCUGAACAUUGUGGCAUCAGAUCACCGGCCAUUCACCACGAAGCAGAAAGCUAUGGGCAAGGAGGACUUCACCAAGAUCCCACAUGGAGUGAGCGGCGUGCAGGACCGCAUGAGUGUCAUCUGGGAGAGAGGAGUGGUUGGAGGAAAGAUGGAUGAGAACCGUUUUGUGGCUGUUACCAGUUCCAAUGCAGCCAAGAUUCUCAACCUGUAUCCCCGCAAGGGCCGUAUCAUCCCUGGAGCGGAUGCUGAUGUGGUGGUGUGGGACCCAGAGGCCACAAAAACCAUCUCAGCCAGCACCCAGGUGCAAGGAGGAGACUUCAAUCUCUAUGAGAACAUGCGCUGCCAUGGAGUGCCUCUGGUCACUAUCAGCCGGGGGCGUGUGGUGUACGAGAAUGGUGUCUUCAUGUGUGCUGAGGGGACUGGCAAAUUCUGUCCCUUGCGAUCCUUCCCAGACACAGUCUACAAGAAGCUGGUGCAGAGAGAGAAGACCUUGAAGGUAAGGGCAGUGGACCGCACUCCCUACCUGGGGGACGUUGCUGUGGUGGUGCAUCCUGGGAAAAAGGAGAUGGGAACGCCGCUGGCGGAUACUCCCACUCGGCCGGUCACACGACAUGGGGGCAUGCGGGAUCUUCAUGAGUCCAGCUUCAGCCUCUCUGGUUCUCAGAUUGAUGACCACGUUCCAAAGCGGGCCUCGGCGCGGAUCCUCGCGCCCCCUGGCGGCAGGUCGAGCGGCAUUUGGUAAAGGCACUGACCAGCCCCCACCAAGUGAGGAUGCAUCGCACCACCACCUGCCCGCGCACCUUCAGCCCACGGCUACAGGGGGCAGGAGAGGCUGGGAUGGGCAGUUUGCCACCAGUGGGAGGGUCCCAGGACCCAGGGGACCCCACCCCAUGUCUGAACAUGUUUCCCAGGGCUUCGAGCCAUCCCUAACAGGCACUUUGAGCUG